CAUAAUACCAGAUUAUUCUCGUAAGUCGUAACACUCCCCAUAGUCACUGACUCCCAUACUUUCAAUCUCAGCCGUUGAUUCCCCCGAUCAUCUAUGAUCCUUGUGUUAUUCAAAUCUAGGGUUUCUACCAUCGGCCACCGCCAUUCACUUCCCCUCCAUGUCAUCAGCGGAGAUCAGUCACCGAAUCAACGGCCAGAUUUCACCGUCGAACUGUCCCCACUUGACCGAUUUCCGCUCCUGCCAUGGAUCCAAGCCUUUCCGUGCCCUCCAGGAUUGCCUCCGCAUCAAGCCACCUGGAGGCCGCGCAUCGAUCCGCCGGGACCCUGCCGAGGUCCCACGGUGCGCCACAUGCGGUGAUUGCUCCGCGUCCCGUCUCUAUGCUUGCUUGGCGUGCGCCCUCGUUUCCUGCCACGUGGAGUCCGGAUCCUCCCACGCUACCGCCCAUGCCUCAUCCAUGCCUCCGGGACAUGAGAUUGCCGUCGACGUGGAUCGCGCUGAGCUCUUUUGCUGCGCGUGCUGCGACCAGGUCUAUGACCGUGAUUUCGAUGCCGCUGUGGUACUGGCGCAGACAUCGUCCUUUACCACUCUCACUUCCAAUACAGCAGUAAUCGAUUUAAAGCCGGAAAAUUUGCGCAAGCGUCGUCGUGUGGACUACCGCCCCUGGUCACCAGACAUGCGCGAGCAAUAUUUGAUCGGGAACGGCUCCAUUCCGUUAUCCGCUUGUAGCAACAACAGAGGGAAGUGUUUGGAUUUGGAUCUGCCGUGGGGAUUGCGGGGAUUGAACAAUUUGGGAAACACAUGUUUUAUGAACUCAGUGUUGCAGGCAUUUCUGCACACACCUCCGCUUAGAAACUAUUUCUUGAGCGAUCGGCACAAUUGGUUUCAUUGCCAGCAGAAGAACGGCUCUAGCAAUCAUAAUAUUGACUCUGGUGGUAAGAUAAAUGUGGGGGAAAGUAAUGGCAGUAGGGCCGCUAGUAUCUGUUUGGCUUGUGAUAUGGAUGCGAUGUUCUCAGCUGUGUAUUCGGGGGAUCGGACUCCUUAUAGUCCUGCAAAGUUCUUGUACAGUUGGUGGCAACAUGCAGCUAACUUGGCGAGCUAUGAACAGCAGGAUGCACAUGAAUUUUUCAUUUCAAUUCUUGAUGGGAUCCAUGAAAAAGUAGACAAGAAUCGGAGCAAGCCCCACAAUCAAUGCAAUGGAGACUGUUGUAUUGCUCACAGAGUAUUUUCUGGGAUUUUGCGAUCUGAUGUCAUGUGUAUGGUUUGUGGUUUCACAUCCACAACAUAUGACCCUUGUGUGGAUAUUUCGCUUGGCUUGGAACCCAGCCAAGGUUCUGCAAAGCUAUUGUCUGUGAAGGCCUUUAAUUCUCUCAAUAGUGAGGCUGAUUGCAUGAAUUCCAGCCAUAGCUGUGGAGUAUCUACUCUGACGGGGUGUUUGGAACGAUUUACAAGGCCUGAAAAAUUGGGCUCUGACCAGAAAUUCUUUUGCCAAAAGUGUCAGGUAAGGCAGGAGUCUCUCAAGCAGAUGUCAAUAAGAAAGCUUCCGUUGGUUUCUUGCUUCCACAUCAAAAGAUUUGAGCAUUCUUCGAUUAGAAAGAUGUCGAGGAAGGUGGACCGAUACCUGCAGUUUCCAUUUUCACUGAACAUGGCACCUUAUCUUUCGUCUUCAAUAUUGAGAAGUCGAUUUGGCAACAGAAUUUUCCCUUUCGACGGGGACGAGCCUGAUAUGGCCAAUGAAAUAUCGGCAGAGUUUGAGUUGUUUGCUGUUGUCACGCACACAGGAAAACUUGAUGCCGGUCAUUAUGUGACUUAUCUGCGAUUAAGUAAUCAGUGGUACAAGUGUGACGAUGCCUGGAUUACUCAAGUCAACGAAAACAUCGUCAGGGCUGCACAAGGAUACAUGAUGUUUUAUGUGCAGAAGAUGUUUUAUUACAAGGUGAGUGAGAAACAGGAUGUUCUGUAAUAUGUGGAGUGAAGCGAUGAACUACUGGUUAUAUCAAGCAAACAUGUGGGCUGGAGAUGAAGAAUCGGACAGUUACAUCAAUCUUCCAGGAAAGAUGCUGGACCAAGUAUUGGAAGUCAUGGUUGGAUUGGAUUGCGUGUAGACGCAGUGCCAUGGCUAGUUUUGUAUACCUUGAAAACAAGUCUCUCAUGCAAUCACUAAAGAGCAAGUACUCCGCUUGUCGUAAUUCGAAAUACAUGGUUGGACCAUAAAACUGAGCCUGAAUUUUUUUUGAGGCACUCCCAACAUUCAGGAACAUUGAUUUGAUAAAGGUAUGAUUCCUUGGAAAGAAAAAAAGUUGAUUUAAAUGUUACCAGAUUCUGCUUAUUGAAGUGUUGUUGGGUUGUCAUAGCUUCCCCUCAGUAGUUGUGACUCCAUGUUUCAUGUUGUUGAAGGUUUUGAUGUUCUUGAAGGUUUUGUGUUUGUGGCUUGGGCCUAUCAUACAAGAGGUCAGUAUCUUCAAUAUGGUUUCUGACUGUCCAUUUGGAUUCAGCUAUGGUUGAUUAUCAGGGCAUUUUGAGUUCAAGUGAUUAUAUGUGUGGCAUGAAGCUCAAUUGCUUGCU